UGAGAAUAGUUACCCGAAUAGUUACGACUCUAGCCGAACACAUUCGACCUCAGCAAAUAACUUCCGGGUCAGAAACCAACGUGUUUCAGAUGACAGUAAACACGAUGGAAGCGCCUCCAAAGACUUACGAAAAUCAAGCCAGGGCAUUGAAUAACUUGGGUGAAAACCUGUUAAAGACCCAACCUGAGUAUUCAAGAUACUGCAUAUUCAGAGCCAAGACUUUUAAAAUGUCCAAAGACCCCCCUCUCACCCCACACUGUCAGCUGUGCUGUACAAUAUUCACCAGCAACAACCGUAAGGUGAGACUGGCUCCCAGGACACCGCUGACAAAGAAGCUGAAGAAGUUGUUGGAUCGAUAUGUGCAACAGUCGAUGUCCGCCUCUGCCUCCUCGUCGUUACACCCGACCCUCAGCAAGUGCCAGCUGAAGAUGGUGAAGGGGUACCUCAACAGCAGGAAUGUCCUGACAGUGUCGUGUAACACGUGUGGUAAAACUACAAAGACAAAAUGUCAGGGUCGCUCUGACCGUGUCAAACAGCUUUUGUCAUGGCGAGAACCAAUAGAAAUUGAAGAGAAAGAAGAAUCUUUUACCAAGAAAAGAAAAAAGAAACCUAAGAAAGCAUCAGUGUCGCCUCUCUCAGUGAUCUCCCCUGAUGAGUUUAUUGGUGGCACUACCAACGGAUCCAGUCGGCCAAUCAGCAUAGGGUCUGCCAAAACUAAUUUGAAGAAGAAAAAUGUUGGUGCACCACUUGGCACAAGCACACCAAUAACAACUCCAGACAGUGGAAUAGAAGACGGAUCCUUGUCGCAGAUUACAAAAUCCUCUGAUUUGAAGAAAAAGGACUGCCGGCAGGCUCCUAGGACAAACAAAUCCUCCCCUGUGUUAGCCUUGCUGGAGUCCAUGGGGGUCAAGUCGGGGGGCGUCGCCAAGAAGAAGAAGAAAGGAAGAGACAAGCAUCAACAGCUGGAGAAAAUGCUCAAGGAACAGAAGUCAGCUAAACCCCCGACACAGCAGAAAAACAGUCUGGCAGAUUUCCUCUCACAAAUGACAUACUGAAGAUUUUUGUACUGAUUUCCAUGCUGCUUAUGUUGACAUACAAGUGUGACUGUAGAGGUUCAGUUCAGCAUUAGAUUCAAAUUCAGAAAAUUGUUUUCACUUGAAAUAAUGGAGUAACAUUUAUGAGAACAAAUGGAUCUCGAGUAAUAAUUGGGGUAUGGGUGGCCCAGUCAUCAGAGUACCGUCCCUUGGGCAUGCCAGAAACCUUAGAUCAUGGGUUCGAAUUUUGAUUUGCUCCAAUUAUGUUUCUAGGUAUGUCAGCACCAUACCCAUGCUCAUGGG